UCUAUGUCCAAUACGUAUACGAUCCCACUAUGAUAUCUCCGCCCUUCCAAGUCUUCCAACAUCUCCAUGCCAAGUUAUGUGACUUGAACGUAUAUAGAGAGGUACCUAGGUAUAUUGAUACUAACGUCGCAGUGCUAACACAUCAUUUAGUAUAGGUAGUUAACCGAUUUCCAACAAGUCACUUUUAGGAUAAGCAUUACCCCUAUUCGCACUAAAUCUUGAGUAUAAAAGCACAAACAUGAAGUAGCUUCGCGUCUACCUCUUACAAUGAAACAAGCGUAUUCAAAGCUCAUUCCAACUUAUUAACAUCUCUCGUAAUUACGAUGACCACUAUCCGAGUUGCUGUUAUACAAGCCGAGCCGGUGUGGCUCGACCUUGCGGGGUCAAUCCGAAAAGCCUGCGAACUUAUCGCCGAGGCCGCGGGGGACGGUGCCAAGAUCGUUGCGUUCGCGGAAGCCUUUGUCCCAGGAUAUCCUGCAUGGAUAUGGGCUCGUCCUGUGGAUUUCGAACUCCAGACUAGGUACAUUUAUAACUCUUUGGCUAUAGAGUCAGAAGAGAUGGAACAAGUCAAAGCGGUAGCCAAAAAGCACUCCAUUGCUGUAAUUCUCGGUUUCUCGGAGAGAAGUCCUUCGAACAGUACCUACAUAGCACAGGCAAUUAUCUCACCGCAGGGAGAGCUAGCCCUACAUAGACGAAAGAUAAAGCCGACCCAUAUGGAGCGUACCGUCUUCGGGGAUGGAUCCGGCAAUGAUUUGACUAACGUCGCAGAACUCGACUUUGGCGCUCCACUUGGCAAAAUCAAGGUAGGAGCCUUGGCCUGCUGGGAGCAUACUCAGCCACUUCUCAAGUAUCACAGCAUCACGCAAGGCGGAGUCAUUCACGUAUCUAUGUGGCCGCCGAUAGAUCCCACAACCGGUGUAGAUCAUCCGGGUCUAUGGAGUAUGACAGCCGACGGAUGUCAGAACCUGUCACAGACAUAUGCGAUCGAAAGCGGCGCUUACGUCUUACAUGCUACCUCUGUGUGCACUCAAGCCGGCAUUGACGUCUUCAACACUCAAAACGGGCUUAUCUGUGCGCAGACCGGAGGGGGUCACAGCUGUAUCAUUGGUCCCGACGGGAGACGAUUGACGUCACCGCUUGGUGAUGGUAAACCUGAAACUGGGGGUAUCUUAUAUGGAGAUCUAGAUCUCACGAAGGUCGUAGCAAAUAGGGGCUUCCUGGAUAUCGUCGGUCACUAUAGUAGGCCCGACCUUCUCUGGCUGGGCGUUGACAAACAACAAAAGGAAGUUGUCAUUUCCAAGGCUGACAUAAAAAAGCCAGAGUCGGAGCAAGAGACGGCUCGAGCAAAUCGCUUAAAGAAAUACUUUAUUGGUAUAUGAUACAUUAGCUCAAUUAAAUAUGUUAUAUAUAUAUGGUAAACUCG